UGGGAAGAAUUCUAGCUCCCCAAUCCGAAUCCGCCAGGUAUAAAAUCUCAUUCACCGCCUCAUUCAACUAAACGAUCGAGCUGGCAUCUUCAAGGCCUUUCUGCUGAGCCACCCUUGAACAAAGCACCACCAUUCCCAUUUCAACAAUUCUCCGGCGCCGCAGAUCCUCCGCUUUUCUUUCUCCGUGGCUUUCGGAAACAGACCAGAAACUUGCAUAGUUUUUUCCACCAGCAUUCACGUGUUCCAAAAAUCGCUCAGAAAUUGUAAAAAAUUGAUUUGGAUUUCUGGUCACCAUCGAAUGAAAUUAGAACAUCCUGAUUAUUGGUUUUGGACGAGAAGAAGAGGAGCUUGUAGAGGAAGGAAUUGAUUCCAAUGAAGAUGGAGUUGCAGCAAGCGAGGUGAAAACAGAAAGAUAAGAGAAGGGAGAGGGGCAAUACAUCUACAACUAUUGCAUUUUAAUCCAAGCAAAAGGAGCAAACAAAGUCUGUGCUAUUGUUUGCAAAAGUAAACACCGUGGCAAUCCAUUUCCCAAUCCCUGAAGAUAUAAUCUUCCACGCCCUGGUUAAGUUUAUUUUCCAAGGUUGGAGUCUACAGAUGGCUUUUAGUUAGGAUAAGAAAGGAGAUGGUAGAGAGUGAUUUGGAUACAGAAAUUGCUGAAUACACGGGAGUCAACCACGCUUUGAGUGGAAACCAAGAUUCAGGCCUACGCAGGGAGCCCUCAUUCUCAGGCUGGUGCGAUGAAGAUGGGAGAGUACAUUUGGAUCAUCCAUUAGGAAACAGAAAUGAAUGUGUAGAAGAAGACUCUGACUUUGAGUUGCCUUUGCUUCAACAGGGUGAGGUAGAAAACAAAAUUUUUGGCAGGGAGGACUGUGGCAAGUUGAAGGAGACAAGUAUGCACUUAAAUGGUAGUGAAACCAUGGUUGAUGUUCCUAAUCAUGCUGGGAGGAAUGAAAGUGAGAAGUAUGUGCCUUUUGAUAUUGAAAAUGGGUCUGCAAGGGAUAGAAAUGGUGUUGAUGUCUCCAUCUCAAUGGAUAAUCACGAAGCAAGGACACCAUAUUCUGAGGAUCCUAUUUCUGUUGCCACUGUGUUGAAGAUAUUGUUUUUUAUACUUGUAUGGUACACUUUCAGUCUAGCUUUGACCGUGUAUAACAAAAGUCUGUUAGGAGAAGAUUUGGGAAGGUUCCCAGCUCCUUUAUUGAUGAAUACUUUCCAUUUUACAUUGCAAGCUGUUCUAUCAAGGGCCAUCACAUGGUUUUGGUCUCAUAGGUUUGAACCUAGAGUUUCCAUGUCAUGGAGGGAUUACUUUGUGAGAGUUGUACCAACUGGGCUUGGAACAGCAAUGGACAUUAACCUGAGCAAUGCAUCACUUGUGUUCAUAUCAGUCACAUUUGCCACAAUGUGUAAAUCUGCUUCUCCUAUAUUUCUCCUUUUAUUUGCUUUUGCUUUCAGGUUGGAGUCUCCAAGCGUUAAACUCUCUGGCAUAAUUUUAAUCAUCUCAGUUGGAAUACUUUUGACUGUUGCGAAAGAGUCCGAAUUUGAGUUUUGGGGUUUUGUUUUGGUUAUGCUUGCUGCUGUAAUGUCUGGCUUCCGCUGGUCUAUGACUCAAAUUCUUCUACAGAAAGAAUCCUAUGGUUUGAAGAAUCCACUUACCUUGAUGAGCUAUGUGACUCCAGUGAUGGCAGUGGCAACUGCCCUUUUUUCUCUCCUGUUAGAUCCUUGGCAUGAAUUUAAAACAAGCAACUACUUCAACAGUCCAUGGCAUGUCACCCGAAGUUGCUUGCUAAUGCUUCUUGGUGGAGCACUUGCCUUUUUUAUGGUAUUAACAGAAUACAUUCUUGUCUCAAUAACUAGUGCUGUCUCAGUAACAAUAGCAGGUGUUGUCAAGGAGGCUGUCACUAUAUUGUUUGCAGUCUUCUACUUCCAUGAUGAAUUUACAUGGUUGAAAGGUGUUGGUCUCUUGACAAUCAUAGCUGGCGUCGGUUUAUUCAAUUGGUACAAAUACCAAAAACUAAAGAAGGGUCAAACAAGUGAAGAUCACAAUGCACUCGAGAAAAAUGCCGCUGCCAGGUAUGUGAUUCUUGAGGAGAUGGACGAGCAAGAUGAUGAUGGUGCUUGAAAACCAUACUAAUCACAUCACCUGAAUUCUAAGGAAAGUCGAUACGUAGUGAAGUCCUCUUUUUUGGCGAAGCUUGUGAUCAGAGAUGCUUUGGCUAGUCUCAGCUUCCGCAAUUAACGAAUUUCCUCUCCUCUUCAAGCUUACCUCUUGUAUGCCCAUACUUCCUCUUUUGGCUGGUGGGAGAAACGGGAAGCGCUUCUACAUUAGUAGUAGUCAAGCAAACAAUUAUUCAACGUUUAUUGCUUACUAGCAGUCAGCAGAAAAGCCUUUUUGGUACGGCAAGUUUCCUCAAGCUUCCAGUUAAUAGGAAUAUUUUGGCCGUGUAUGGAAAUAUGCUUUUAGAUGUUAAAGUUUUAAUUCUACUGCAGCUUUUCUCAUGUCGAUUGCAACAGCAAGCUAUCGUAAUAGAAUGUUUUUUCUUCAA